UUAUACAUUUCUUUCGGGCUUAACUUCUGCUCGUAUACGCAGAGUACAAUAGAGGAGCCUACCACAGAUUUAUUGUGUGUCAGCAACCUAUUUUAACGUAAAAUGCAAAGUUUUCAAAAAGUGAAAAGCCACGCAUUUCAUCCACCCGGUUGGAUUUGUGCGUGACUAGGAUGAAUACGGAAAAUUUCUCUCUCUGUGAAAAGAUAGUCUCCCCUUCCUACAUUCGCCAAGGUUUACAGGCCCAUCGCACACAUGAGCACUUAAUUCGGCUACUAAUAGAAAAGGGUAAGUGUCCAGAAGAUGGAUGGGAUGAGAAUACCAUUGAGCUUUUUCUACACGAGCUGGCUAUUAUGGAUAGUAACAACUUCCUCGGUAAUUGUGGAGUUGGAGAGAGGGAAGGAAGAGUGGCCUCGAACCUCGUUGCUCGAAGGCAUUACAGGUUAAUGCAUGGGAUUGGAAGGUCAGGUGAUAUUGCAGCUAUACAGCCCAAAGCAGCAGGAUCCAGCCUCCUGAAUAAAAUCACAAACUCUCUGGUGUUGGAUAUUCUUCGAAUUGCAGGUGUUCGAAGUGUUUCUAGCUGCUUUGUUGUUCCAAUGGCAACAGGAAUGAGUCUGACUCUUUGCUUUCUUGCACUCCGCCACCGGAGACCUAAAGCAAAGUUUAUCAUAUGGCCAAGGAUUGAUCAAAAAUCGUGCUUCAAAUCCAUGAUCACAGCAGGUUUUGAACCUGUUGUGAUUGAGAAUCUGCUCGAGGGAGAUGAAUUACGCACAGACCUGCAGAGUGUUGAGAGCAAGAUCCAACAGCUGGGGGCAGAAAAUGUCCUUUGUGUUCAUUCCACUACCUCUUGCUUUGCACCAAGGGCUCCUGACAGACUGGAAGAACUGGCUCAGAUUUGUUCAAAAUAUGACAUCCCUCACAUAGUCAAUAAUGCUUAUGGAGUCCAGUUGUCCAAGUGCAUGCACCUCAUUCAGCAGGGAGCUCGCAUUGGCCGAAUAGAUGCCUUUGUACAGAGCUUAGACAAGAAUUUCAUGGUUCCUGUAGGUGGUGCUAUAGUUGCUGGUUUUGAUGAUGUCUUCAUUCAAGAAAUCAGCAAAAUGUAUCCAGGCCGAGCUUCAGCUUCACCCUCGGUGGAUGUUCUUAUAACCUUGUUGUCACUUGGUGUAAAUGGAUAUAAGCGCCUGUUAAAAGAGAGAAAGGAAAUGUUCACUUAUCUUUCCAAUGAAAUAAAGAAGUUGUCCGAAACUCACGGUGAAAGACUUCUGGAGACCUCAAAUAACACUGUAUCUUUGGCAAUGUCCUUGAAGAGAUUCCAUGAGCACAAUGAUAAGUCUGUCACUCAGCUUGGAUCUAUGCUUUUCACCAGACUAGUAUCUGGAGCCAGAGUUGUUCCAGUCCGCUCAAAACAAAAUAUAAAUGGCUAUACUUUCCAAGGAUUUAUGUCUCACACUAAUUGCUACCCGUGCCCUUAUUUGAAUGCUGCAUCAGCUAUUGGAAUAAAAAAAGAAGAUGUGGAUCUUUUUAUUAAGAAACUGGACAAAUGUCUCAAGAACUUGCUGAAAGAGAAAGGAAUUUCAGGAACAGAAAUGGAAAUUGGAACGGCAAUGCUGGAAAACUCCAAAGGCGCUGAUAUCGAGCAAUUGUCAGAAACUCUUCAAGAUACCCUAGAAGUUGGGACUGAUGUGGUAAAUCAGGCUGUCUGAUACCCUUCAAAUUACUGUCCUUGCUCGUUUCAGAGAAUGUUCAGAAGUGCAUGACUGAAAAAUAAUACUGAUGUAGAAUUAUGGAAUGAUUCUGAUUCAUAUCAGAGAAGCUAAUGCUUCUGUGAUAGUCAGGCGAGAAUGGUGAAGCAAUAAAUUAACUACUGUGAUCUAUAACUAAUUAAUGGUUGGUUGUCAGUUAGCUUAACGUGUAUAUUUUGAAGCUAAAGUUUAGAUUGGGUGUUGGAGGAAAAAGGGCAAAAUAAAAAAAAAAGGAAAAUAAUUGAAAAUGGUUUUGAAUUUGUACUGGCACUGCAGGAAUAUCCUGUAUGUGCUUUCUCCAGAGCAUUUAGGAUAACUUGUCAUUUUUGUUUGACGUUGCACAAUUUUCUUUGUUUAUUAAAAGCUGUUAGAAUAUGUGUAUGUAAAAAUGAAGCAUGCAAGUAUGAAAAAUGUUUAGCAAAUAUGAGUGGUUUUUGUGUUUUCUUAAGGCAAGAGUUGGGAAUAAUGAAUGAUGCAUUUAUUUUUAUCUGAGGGGAUUAUUUGGUGGCCCAGCAUUGCCUUAAGAAACCACUUAUCUCCUUUGCACUAGGCAGUAUUGGGCUUCAGCUCUUCAGACACUUGUCAAAUCAAAUCCGCUAUAGACUACAUGGAAAAAAGCCAGGAAUCAUUUCACUUGAGACCCUUAACAGGCUAUACUGACAGAGUUAACACCCUCAAAGUAAGUUAUCAUUCUGCAACAGGAUUAUAGACCAGGAACCUAGUUAUAUUUGGGGCUCAACUGCACACAGACUAAAUAGUUGAUUUUUUUUCUUCCUCUCCCUCUGCAGCGUGGAUGUCUUUUGCGGUUGAGAUUUAAGUUUAAAAGGAAAGUAAAUAUGAUUUUCACUUUGAUUGCAUUUGAAGAGUCUAGUUAGUCUAUAAAGCCACUUCUGUUCCAAGAGGAAGAAAGAGAGUAAUGGGACCAGAUAAAGAGGUUGUUCCAUAUAUUGCACUUUUAUUUUAAACUCUAAAUGAAAGAGAACACAGCUACCCAAUCCCAAAAUGCUUUCAUGAUGUUUUCUAAUUCUGCUCCAGUCUCGGCUCAUCUAAUGAUAAAACCUUUGUCAAUCCUUUUUAUCUUUAGGUUUGAUUAUUGCAACAUUCCCCUAGUCAGCUUCCCUUGUUUGACCUCUGUGGGUUUGUGGUGCCUAUGUUGUAACUUGCACAAAAUGCUGUUCACUCAUUCUGUUCACCCGGCAACUUAUACAGGUUCCAGGCUCAGCAGUGCCCCAGUUUUGAAAUUCUCAUCUUUUGCUUUCAAAUCCCUUCAUUGCUUCACCCUUUCCUACCUUUGUAAUCUCGGCGACUCCUACAACCCUUCCAGAUCCUUUGCUCUUAAGUCUGACUUAUUUCUUCAUCAUCCCUGCAGUUUAACUGCUGCAUCUUUGGCAACUGGAUCUUAAAGUGCUGAGACCCUGUGAUCAGGAAUUCCCUCCUUAAACCCCUCCUCUUGUAACAUUGUCUUUUCUCUGUAACCAAAUUCUUGGUCAAAGGCCCUAAUAGCUCCUUGCUGCUUGAUGUAAAACACCUGUGAGGCAUCUCGAUGUGUUUUGCUACAUCAAACAUGCUAUAAAAAUGAUAUUAACGUGUUGGAAAGAAAAAAAAUUGCAGAUGCUAGAAAUCCGAAAUAAAAUCAGAAAACAUUGGCAUUACACAGCAUGUUAGACAGCAUCUGUGGAGAGAGAAACAGAAGUAAGAUUCCAAGUCAAUGACUUGGCAUUAGCACAUAUAACAUUGUUGUUCUUGUGAUAAAGGACUUGAGUGAGACUGUGGGCUUUGAAACUGUACUAAUGGGUAUCAUUGUGCUACAUUUACAGAUGGAAUACAAAAGCGAAAACCAGGUAAUUACCAAGUGUUGCUGGUAAUGAGAAUCAGUGUCACAAUCCAUGUUGUAAUACAACUGGAAUCUUUCUCUUUCACCAUAAUAGUGAUGCCAUGGGAUUACUGUGUUGCAAUACAGGAAUCUGAACAAACAGAAUCUAAUGGAGAACUCAAACCAUGCCUGAUUUUUGCUUUUGUUUUGCUUCAUUUUUUGCAUGCAGCAUGAAUCUGUCUCCAAUUUUCAUUAACAUCUUUUAUAGCAAAAUUACUUCCCUAAUGAUUGAGCUGAGAUUGGGAUUUUUUGCCCCCCUCUAUCAAUUGGCUUCUCAUCUUUCACUCUCCUUAAACAGGCCUCAUCCAAAACUCUGUUGAAACACUAACUCAAACCAAAUCCUGUUCACCCUCCUGUGCUUGGCUCGUUACUCAACAGCUAUUGAAUUAUUCAAUACUGCUCUUUCCUUCCUCUCCUAUCAAUGUAUUUAAAUGAAGCUUUAUAUACUGUGAUUAUUUGUUUCUGU